AUGACAGAAGCCCGACCCCUUCCUCUUGGGGUACCCGCUUUCAAACCCAUACCACAAAAACAACUUGCCGCAAUUCCCUUCGCCGAACGUCGAUCACAAAGUGUUGCUGUCGAUACACCCAACUCCCGAAUGAGUAUCAAUAACAAGCUGGUCGAUCAAUAUACCCAACAUCUGAACAACAAUCGCACCUUCCAUCCACAAAAUGCUGUGAUGAUCUCGAAACCCAUGGCUGUGCCAGCGUUCCAAGCAAUGCCAAGUUCGGUAAAUAAAAUAACAGCUGUUCUGAAAACUCCCAAGCCCAGCACAUCUCCCGCCAUUGCCAAUCAUCCAAAUUAUUUACAAUUUGAGGAGCCAAAAUUCGAUAUGAAAGAUAUUACCGUAGAGGAAUUGGCAAAGGCCGCCAAUGUCAGCGUGGAAACCAUUAAACAUGCCAUAUAUGUUCGGGAGCAACAGCUAAAGGCUGAACAUCGUGCCAUGUUGGCCGCCAAGCUACGUGAGGAAUUUAUGCGAACUUCCACAAGUUCUACAAGCACCACCACUACUACCACAACAACAACGACCACUACUACGCCAAGACCGCCACAGGUCAAUCAUUUUGCGGAGGAGAAUAAUUUCGUUCAAUCGGAAAGUAAAAAUUCGAAGGUCAUGAACGCUCCCAAGGAAUAUUACCCAGUCGGUUAUGACAAAAACUUCGAUGACAAUUUCAAAUCGAAGGUGGAUCUGCCGCCCACAUCUUUCUCUUGUGCCAAACAGAAACAUUUCCCUGGCCUGUAUGCCGAUACGGAUUUGGGUUGUAUGGUCUUCCACGUCUGUGCCCUUACCGAUGAUGGUAUGGUCCGCAAAUCGUUCCUCUGUCCCGAGAAUACCCUCUUCGAUCAGACCAUACUCAAAUGUAACUGGUGGUUCUAUGUCGAUUGUGCCUCAUCGAAAAGUGUCUAUGAUUCGAAUAUACCCAUUUCGAAAAGUUAUCAGCUAAUGAAAUCGUUGACCUAUUUUUCGAAAUACAAUAAACAGGCUGGAGAUGAGGAGAAAGCAGAUGGCGCCACCUCAAAUCGUGCUGUAGGUGGUGGUCUGGAUAUACAAAGUCUGAAAGAUAGUAUGGAUGAAGAAAAUCGUAAAACAUCAACCACAACAACAGCAGCAACAACACCUAGUGCCGAUGAGGAUGGAGCUGAGUUAAGUAAAUUUGUCAAUUCACAACUGACAAUGGAAGACGAGCAAAGCAAGCAACAGUCAUAA